GUUGCCAUUCAUAUGAAAGGUGUAUUUUGGCGCGCAUGCGCACUUAGGUGGCAGGAGGGUACUUAAGGCGCGGCCACCAGAGCUGCAGCAUUGCGCCCAGCAGCAGAUUCCGAGACCAAACGGCGAACCCUUGUUCUCCACCACCCACCCACUUUCGGAACCAUGGCCGCAGUGGCAGCAGCCUCGGCAGAACUGCUCAUCAUCGGCUGGUACAUCUUCCGCGUGCUGCUGCAGACCCUGUCCCCUGUGCACCCGCGCCCAGCCGGGAACAAAGACUCAGGGGUGCGGCCUGCGGACGAUCAGGACCAGCGCGGUGUUCAGGUACUCCCUGCAGAAGCUGGCGCACACUGUGUCCCGGACCGGGCGGCAGGUGGUAGGGGAACAAAGGCAGCGAGCCCCCAACUGAGGCCCCAGCUCCCUGCGCUGGGCGGCCGCGUCAUCAGGUGCUCCUGUGCUUCUGGACCAGCAUGGGAGCCAGUGCCGCACAGGAAUAUGGGGUCCCCUGUGCUCCCUCAUCAGAGGAGCACUUGCCAAGGUCAGUGA